AUGAAGGGAAAGCUUAACUCGUUGUGUACUCGGUUCGUUCCCAUGAAGUAUUCAAAAAUCGGACCUGUCAAAUCGCAUUGGUUUGAUAGGGAAUAUGGACAAUUAGCGCGACGGUGUCGCAAACUUUGGGAUAGGUGCAUCAGUUCGGGCUGGGAAGAACGUUACGCAGUGUACAAGAAACAGCGUAACUUAUGUAACGCCGCAAAUAUCAAGAAACACCGGCACUUCGAAGAGGAGCUGACAUCUUCGGCCACAACUGCACCCAAAAUAAUAUUUGCCUACUUGAAACGUCAACUGAAACCUGGCGGUUACCUACCGGUCUUAGAGACCUUGGACAGACAGACGCUCAUUUCAAGCGUGGAGCGCGCGGACGCCUUGGCUGUGCACUUCCCCACCGUAUUUUUCAGUAAAUCGGCUGCUGUUCCAGUACCGGCACAGGAUGCGCCAGUCUUGCUCGGCAGCCUACAAUGUGCUGCAGUCGAAGUGUAUCAGCUACUCGUCAACCUCGAUGGU